UGAAGUUUAAUACGAGAAGGAGAAUUAGUCCUGGCGAACAUGGAGAAUCAUCUCGCGAUCCUGGCGUUGUUUCUGGGCGUGUGCAUCUCACAGCUCGGGGGUUCGGCGGCUCAGCUGUACUGGACGCCGGCCAACGCGACGUUUUAUGGCGGCAGCGACGCAUCCGGCACAAUGGGUGGAUCGUGCGGUUACGGCAACCUGUACGACGCCGGGUACGGGACCAACUCGACGGCGCUGAGCACAACGCUGUACGGCGACGGGAAGUCGUGCGGCGCGUGCUACGUCAUCACCUGCGACGCCUUGCACACGCAGUCGUGCAAGCCGGGGACGUCCAUCACCGUGACGGCCACCAACUUCUGCCCGCCCAACUGGUCCCAGCCAAGCGACGACGGCGGGUGGUGCAACCCGCCGCGGCAGCACUUCGACAUGUCCCAGCCCGCCUGGGAGACCAUCGCCGUGUACCAGGCGGGCUUCGUGCCCAUCAAGUACGCCAGGACGGCGUGCCCGCUGAGGAACGGCGGCAUCCGGUUCUCCAUCACAGGCCAUGACUACUUCGAUCUGGUCCUGAUCAGCAACGUCGGCGGAAGCGGCGCCGUGUCAGCGGCGUCGGUGAAGGGCUCCAACACGGACUGGAUGGCCAUGAGCCGCAACUGGGGUUCUAACUGGCAGAGCAACGCCAACCUCACCGGCCAGAGCCUGUCGUUCCAGGUGCAGACGGACGACGGCAAGUCCGUCACGGAGUACGACGUGGCGCCGGCGUACUGGAAGUUCGGCGACACUUACACGUCUUCCGUCAACUUCUACUAGCCGAGCAUAGCACCGUUAGCCUUGUACUCCAGACUAGUCCAGAGUCCAGACACCUGCCGUCGCUAGUGCACACCCACAUAUGGACAACCCGCACAAUAAU